UAAAAAAAAAGUUGUAAUUACGUUUUAGACGACUUUGUCACGCUCCAUUACAGAGCGUGAGGGGAGGAGGCGCUCAGAAUUUCUGUGUCCCCAAAGACCUAUAUAUUUUGAAAUUUCUGCGCUAAGAACUGAAACACCGCAUAUCAUACCCCACACCACCAUGUACUGCUACACCAACUCCUCCUCCUGGUUCGUCUUUUUCUCUGCAGUUUCUCUCAUUCUCUUCUUGUCUUUCCAUUCUCUUUUCUGCAUUUGCAGAGCUCUUGAUGAAGAAGUUGAUGAUGAAAGUCCAUUUACUUAUGUCGAAGGAAGUGGUAAAGGACCAAAGGAAUGGGGUCAGCUUAACCCACAUUGGAAAGUUUGUAAUAAUGGAAAAUUGCAAUCUCCAAUUGAUCUUCUUGAUGCCAGAGUGGAGGUUUUUCCCAAUUUAGGGAAACUAAAAAGGGAUUACAAACCCGCUCCUGCUAUUGUGAUGAACAGGGGACAUGAUAUUACAGUGAAGUGGAAAGGAUAUCCAGGAAAAGUUAUCAUAAAUGGGACUGAUUAUAAUCUGCUACAAUGUCACUGGCAUUCACCCUCUGAGCACACCUUUAAUGGAUCAAGGUACGAUCUCGAGCUUCAUGUUAUUCAUUUAAAUUCUAAAGGAGAGGUAGCUGUUACUGGUAUUGUUUACAAAUAUGGCCAACCCGAUCCCUUCCUCACAAAGCUAUUGGAGCACAUAAAAAGGGUGGAUCACAAUGAACAGAUAGAGUUGGGAAUUGUUAAUCCUGGUAUUAUCAAGUUUGGAAGCAGAAAAUAUUACAGAUAUAUCGGUUCCCUUACAGUUCCUCCUUGUACUGAGGGUGUCAUUUGGACCAUAGUUAAAAAGGUAUUUUUACUAAACAUAUCCCAUAUCUUCUUCAAUAAUAUGUAUGACAAUGAUGUUUCUUAUUUCUUCUUCCUUUUCAUUGUCUUUUUACAGGUUCGAACGGUUUCGAGGGAGCAAGUUCGAGCAUUGAGGGAAGCUGUUCAUGAUGGAUUUGAGGCAAAUGCAAGGCCAACUCAAGAAUCGGCUGGAAGAUCAGUGUUGUUUUAUACUCCAAAGGUCUGAUAAUGGAGGCUUCUGCGUUGCUUUACGCGAACUGGUAUAAGAAUGAGAACUUGGAUAACCACAUCAUUGGAUUGUAUUCGUCUCCCAUCGAAAAUAAAUAAUAAUAAUAACCGCAUUGGAGAGGGUUUGGCUUUCAUAUAAAAUAUACAUAAAUAGCCCCUUAUAGCCGAUAUGCUAUGUUUUAUUGUAAAAAGUACUAGUUUUGAAAUGGCAUUUAAAGUCAAGCUAGUUAUCUAAAAGCAAGUUGGCAUUAUAAAUUGUUUUUGAAGUGGUUUGGCAAUUAACCGACAAAAUACAAAUCAAAAUCUAAAAAACAAAUUUAGUUAGAAUGUUAAUCAGGGAAGAAAUGAGGCUAAUUCAAAGGUAUCCUUUCUCUUUAGUGCCUUUCAAGUCCCCAAGCCUUCAACCUCAAAAAGCAAAGCAAUAGCUUCGGAAUUAUCCACAAGUUAACAAUUAGUGCAGAAACUUACAUCAAUCUAUAAGAAGAGGAAAUAUACAAUAAUUAGAUAGUUUAAAACCAAUAAAUAACCAUACGAAAGCUGUUACGUACAUGCCACAAAUUAAGGAUAUCCUAAACAUUACAUACAUGGGGGGAAGAAAAAAAACCCAAAGAAAAGCAUAAAAAACGCAACAAAACAAAACACCUAA